AUGACUGUCGAUUGCAUUUCCAUGGCCUCGCGCCACCACCCCCAUCACCCCUUGAACAAGCCCAAUAUAGAUCGGCACGCCACUGGGACGUCAAACGUGGGCAGCAAUAACCCUUACGCCAGACACAUGUCACCAGCUCCCUCGACUCAUUCCCGAACAUCGCGCGCUGACUCCGUGAGCUCCGCACCGUCAGUCUGGUAUUCCGGCACACCCGAGCAUUAUCCGGUGGAGCCGAGAUGCCGCCAUCCGUCUGCUCCCCGUCGCCGCCGCACUACUCAUAGAUCCUCCCGGCACUCGCAGCUUGUGCAGCCAGACAUUAUUGACCAACUGGACAAUGUGACUGCAUUCUCCUACCACCAUGAAGGCCCGUACGACGCUGCUCGUCCGGAACGGAACCGCAUCAGUCAGUACAGCCCACUGGAAGCUGUGAGAGAAUCCAACGCCGAGGCUUUGCGGGCAACUCCGCAGCACAAGAUCGCCGACGCUUUGAACAGCCACAGGCCGCUGGAUGGCGUCGCAUUUUACCCACCUGGAACUACGGAUCGCAAUGGCCAAGAGUACUCAUACGAAGAAGGCUCCAACAUGAUGAACGAUUUUUCGGGCAACUUCAUGCGUCUUCCUGGCACGAAAUUCACCGACGAAGAUUUCAAGAAUGAUCCAUUUUACAACCGCCCUCCAGUCAAUCCAUUCUCGCAAAUUCGAAAGAGCAUCACUAUGCGAUUCAAGAAACGCCGCAGCACGGCUUAA